ACACGGGUUUUAUUUUUUUUGUUUGAAACAAGAGCCUUGUGCUGGGUCGGGCGCCGCGGCGGUGUUUCCGCUCCGUCACCCACAGCCAGCCACCUAACGACACGUGUCUCGUUUUACUGCAGCUGGCUGUGACUUUUACCACUGCUGAGGCGCUUCGAGGGAAUGCCCCUACGUCUUGGGUUUUUGAGGAACAUCAUGUUUUAUUGCACCGGUCACGUUAAUUCCGUAGCCCCUUUUUUGGCGGGCCACAUAGCAGUCAACACUCACGUUGCACCUUGUGGGAAGAAGAGGAGGGAGAAGACAGAGGAGUCAGAAUAAAGCAGCAGGAAAAGUCCCAAGAACCACCAGCCAGAGGAGAACAGCACACACAACGUAGCAGCCUUCAUUCAUCGUUUGUCUUAUUAAGCUGUCAAGUCUUGCUGCACCAUGGGCAGGAAAGACCAGGACUGUGGCCGCAAUGAAGUCAAAAGAGAUUCCCUCCAAGAUCAGAUAAAGAACAGCAGCCGUGGCAACCAAACAGGUGGCAACUCCCUCGAGCCCACCCGCCUUAGCGAUGACAAGGUUCAGAGGAGUCAGGCCGGCGGCUGCAGCAACUACGGCGAAGAGGAAGGUCACCUGAUCUACUACGCCGGCCUCGUGCUGAAGAAACGGUAUGAGGUGGUGUCCACGCUGGGUGUAGGGGCUUUUGCAAAGGUGGUCGAGUGUAUUGACCAAGACAAACACAGGCGUGUGGCAGUGAAGAUUAUUCGCAACAUCAAAAGCUUCCGUCAAGCGGCCAAGUGUGAGAUCGCCGUCUUGGAAGAGAUCAACACCUUGGACGAUGACAACAGUUUUGCCUGUGUGCGGAUGCUGGACUGGUUUGAGCACCAAGGCCACAUGUGUCUGGUCUUUGAGCGCCUGGGACUCAGUACCUACGAGGUCCUCAAGCAAAACCAAUUUCUGCCGUUCAGCGUGGAGCAGAUCCGACAUAUGGCCUUCCAGAUUUUUCGAGCCGUCAGCUUCCUACAUCGCAAUAAGCUGACCCACACCGACCUGAAACCGGAAAACAUCCUGUUUGUCUGUUCUGACUAUGACAUGGUGUACAACCACCAGACGAAACUCGACGAGAGGAAAAUGAGGAGCCUGGAUGUAAAGGUGGUGGACUUUGGCACUGCCAUUUUUGACCAUGAACGUCACGAAUCCUUGGUCUCAACGCGCCACUAUCGAGCUCCGGAAAUCAUACUUGAUCUAGGCUGGAAUCAAUCUUGUGAUGUUUGGAGUUUGGCCUGCGUUCUCAUGGAGUACUACCGUGGCCAGACGCUAUUCCCGACUCAUGACAGCAAGGAACAUCUGGCCAUGAUGGAGAAGAUCCUGGGACCCCUCCCGCCGCACAUGCUGAAACAAACCAGAAAGCAGGACUACGUCCUCAAUGGCCGACUGGACUGGGACGAGCUCAGCUCCUCGGGCAGAUAUGUCCGGAAACAUUGCAAGCCUCUCAAGAGCUUGCCGAGGAGCAGCGAGGACGAACGGCAGCUGUUGGACCUUCUGGCCUGCAUGCUGGAGUUUGACGUGACUCGACGCAUCACCCUGGAGGAGGCGCUGUGGCACCCGUUUUUCGCACCGGCCAGAAUGGAAAAACAACGGCUAAGCUAACACACACACACACACACACACUUACAUUACAGCCAACCCUCAAUAUUUGGUUAAGGGACCAAGAGCAGUCGCAAAUAAUAAUGCCCCUCCCCCCGUAUGUCAUCGUAUUUAUUUAAGAAAUUUGUACCGGCCCGGACGAGCAGGCGUUAGUGAACUUAAGGGGGCCCGGCGCAGUCACGUAAUGGCCUCGGGUCACCGGGCUUCUUUAUACGUCAUAGGUGGGCAAAGUUUUCAUUAGGUCCUUAAAAAAAAAGUGAGUAGGUGAGUUUACAGUCAUCCA